CAUAAUUAAGCGCUUGUUUUAUAUAUAAUGAUAUGAUUUAAUACACGAAACCAUUGGUUGCGAUAUUUUUUAUAUAUUUUAUAAAUUUAGUGUAAAAUUAAUUGUAAAAAGUUUUAUAUUUUUUGAUUACAAAACUAAAAGUGAUUUUUAAUUACAAUUAGUGUUAAUAAUUGACACAAACUUUGAGUACAAAAUGCAUUUCAAUUGAAAUUAAUUGUAAAUAAAGUCUUCAGCGCUUUUGUGGUACGGAUCAAGUGAUUGGUGAUUAUCGUCGGCCGCAAUGGCUUCAGCCAAACGCAAACGACCCCUUCCUCUGGUGCUAAACUGCGUCAGCGGUUCCUUCGAAGACAAAAACAAUGACUUCUUGUGUCCCAUCUGUUUCGAGAUCAUCGAAGAGGCGAAUGUCACUAAAUGUGGACAUACUUUCUGCUUUAAGUGCAUCUCAAUGUCUUUGGAGAGGAGUAACAGAUGUCCGAAAUGUAAUUUCGUUGUCGAACAGGUCUUUCCCAACUUCUUGCUGAACGAAUUAAUCACAAAACACCACAAAUUGGUUCUCCAGAAGAAGAUUGACGCCGGAAAAAAUAACCCGCGAGAGAUGACUGAUUUGCAGGAACUACUUAUCACUAAAUCGGAUCAAUUGGAUUUGUCUGAUGUUAACCUAUUGCUCGACUCAUUAGCUCAACGAAAAAUACUCUUAGAAGCCAGUUGUAAAGAAAUUGAAAACGAUUUGUUGAAGGAUUUUCUACUACAAGUGCGUAACCAUAAACAGGAACAGUUGGACCAAUUGACUCGUGAGAUUCGUCUCAUCGACGAAGACUGUCGUCGUGUCGAUGAUCUCAUCGCCAACGAAGCGCUUAACAAACUAAACGCAACCAUUAAUAACGCGGCGGCGAAUGCGGACAACAGCGGCAAUAACGCCGACUCUACCGGCUCUGCGCUCGAGCGAGACGUGUGGCCGUCGCCCGAACCCAGCAGUAGCAGCGGUCUGGGCGUCAGCGGCGGCGGUGGCGGCAGUAGCGCCAGCAGUGGCUCAACAGUUCCGUGUCUGGACAGUAGUGCGGCCUUCAAUCGGCACAGUUUGUCGGCCAGUGAUAUGAAACAGCCGUGGCUUCAGUCGUCGCUCAGCAGUCGGCGCAAGAAAAUGCACUUCCAUUUCGAGGACUUAGAGGACUGUUACUUCACAACACGUGCCAAAAGCCUAGUGCUGUCCUCUUCGGACGACGACACCUCCGUCGACGGUCUCCAAGAGUUCAGCGGAACGCUCAAUAAGUUCACGUCGUUCAGCAGUUUGCGACCGUUGGCCACACUGUCGUACGCGUCGGAUCUGUUCACCGGUUCGUCGAUAGUGUCGAGCAUUGAGUUCGACAAAGACGGCGAGUACUUCGCGAUCGCCGGCGUCACCAAAAAGAUCAAAGUGUUUGAAUACGCGACUGUCGUGAAGGACACGCUUGACAUCCAUUACCCGAUCAAUGAGAUGGAGUGCACGUCGAAGAUCUCGUGCGUGAGUUGGAGCUCCUAUUAUAAGUCAAUGAUGGCCAGCAGUGACUACGAGGGAACGGUCACCAUAUGGGACGCGUUCACCGGCCAGAAGAUGCGCACAUUUCAGGAGCACGAGAAGCGGUGUUGGAGUGUCGACUUCAACCGCGUGGACACCAAACUCGUGGCCUCGGGUUCGGACGACGCCAAAGUGAAACUAUGGUCCGCUAAUAUGGAGAACUCCGUCACCUCUUUGGAGGCGAAGGCCAACGUCUGUUCCGUCAAAUUCAAUCCCUGCAGUCGUUAUCAUUUGGCGUUUGGAUCCGCCGACCACUGCGUCCACUACUACGACCUCCGCAACACUAAAAACCCGUUAAUGGUAUUCAAAGGACAUAAGAAAGCGGUGUCUUAUGUGAAGUUCUUGAACAAAGAGGAGAUCGUCUCCGCGUCGACCGACAGUCAGCUAAAACUGUGGUCAACGGUGAAGACGCCGAGCAUUCGCUCAUUCAAAGGACACAUCAAUGAGAAAAAUUUUGUCGGUUUGGCCACCGAUGGAGACUUUAUUGCCUGCGGCAGUGAAAACAAUGCACUUUUCGUUUACUAUAAGGGCUUAAGUAAACAAGUGUUGACUUUUUGGUUUGAUUCCGUCCGCGUAUUUGACAAGGAUAAGCGAGAGGACGACACGAGUGACUUUGUGUCGGCCGUGUGCUGGCGCUCGGGCAGCAACUGUGUGGUGGCCGCCAAUAGUCAGGGAACCAUAAAGAGAGCGCGGCGUCGGAGGAACGGCAGGCGCCAGAAGCCGGGCGGCGGUGGCGGCCGACAGACGGGACACUUAAUAUCGGCAGUGAAUCGUUUGGACAACUGCUAUGACUCGCGCGGAUCGCUCACCGACGACAUCACCUCUCAAUCGCAUCAUCAACAGAGAAGAAUGGCUGUGAUGUCUGAGAUCGAGGAACAGGAGAGGAAGAUUGUCAACGAGUUCUGUCACUUCCUCGAGAAGUCCAAACAGCUAUUCAACGGUCUCAGACAAGUGUUGGACGCGAAAUACGGACUCAAGAGGUGGCAAAUCGGCGAAAUUGCCUCAAAGAUCGGACAACUAUACUAUCAUUAUUAUCUUCGGACGAGUGAAACCAAUUACCUGAACGAAGCCUUUUCCUUCUACUCGGCGAUCAGAGCGAGAGGUUAUUAUAGCAAAGCCGCUAAAGAGGAAAGGGCUGACCUUAUGGUCAAGAAAUUGCGAUAUUUCGCCAGAUUUAUCGUCGUUUGCCUUUUGCUCAAGAAAAUGAAAUUAGUUCGCGAUUUAGUCCGGGAAUUGGCGAAACAGAUCGAGGAUUACACAGUGACUUACGAUCCCGACGAUCAGCUCGAGUGGUCGCUAGUAUUAAGUGAAAUUAAAUCGUUCAUCGAGGCCGAUAACAUAGUAACGGUUGUAGACAUGGAUAACAUUCCGCUUAUUAUAUCUCAUCGCUUGAGUCCAAUGAAUACACCGCCUCUCGAGAAGUUGGCCACAACUCAUUUGACAUUACAAGAGAUACUCAUUGUCGGCAACUGUUCCGAUCAGGUGAAAUUCAGUGAAUUAACGCUCGAUAUGUUUCGGAUGCUUCAGGCGCUGGAAAGGGAGCCUCAGGAGGACAUCGCGCAGAUGUACGACAUCUCUCCAGCGCCCGGACGUAUGCCUUUUGGUGCGGAAAACGGUGACCACCGCGGCGUCGGUGGCAGCGGUUCCGUUAAACGGGAUAAUCCACACAAAUACCUUCUUUAUAAGCCAACGUUCAGCCAAUUCUUUGUAUUCCUGGCCUCCGGUUUCAAAGAAUUGCCCGCAAAUGGCGUACUAUUGCUGUAUCUGUCGGCCGACGGAUGCUUUGUUAAUAGACAACACACCGACGACGUUGGUUACGAUUACGGCGGAGUCAUAACGAACACCAAACUGCGUGAGUCGGGCGCCGGCGGCGACCACUCGGCCAACAAACGAAAUAUGAUGGUUAAGGAUAUGCAUUGUCUAUAUCCGGGCGAUCUCUACCCAUUCCUGCGGCGGCCGCUGUUCCUCAUCGUCGACAGCGACAACUCGACGGCAUUCCAACACAUCCCCCGCUUCUUCGGCCAACCGUUGGUGGUGUUGAUGUCGCCGGAAGAGAGUCCGCCGCCGUUCCACGACCAGCAACACAAGGGCUCACUGUUCACGCUAUUCCUUCACUGCCCGCUGACUGCCAUCUGUUUGAUAUCCAAUAUCAUUGAGCUGUCGAUACAACUGUGGGAGAAGGGACAGCAACAGAUCGACCGCUUCAUGGCAGAGGCCGGCCGACUGCUGGUCAGAGCGCGAUCACUGGAUCCGGCGUACCUCCAGUUCUAUGGCGACGACUUUCUGCGGCUACAGAUCUUGCGCUUCAUAUUCUGUUCGGUUGUCAUGAAAAUGCAUCGACUCUUCAAAGGUCGGCGAACGUAUUCACCCAAAUGUCAUCCGCCGAUACCGGAGAACGAGAUCACAGACGCGCCGAGUCUUCGGCGACUCAUUCUGGAGACGGCCGUCAUUUUGGACAUUCGGUCCCUCUUUAAUGAUGUGGAGGACGAAUGACAUACAGUUGCUGUUGACAUGAUGUUUACGCUGGCGUAGGAGAGGCACUGAUGAGUGAAAUGUUACUAAACUAUACAAAACACCCCACACUUUGCCACCCGACCCGACCCGACCCGAGCGCCGGUCUGUCCGACCGGUGUUUGUCCGCAAACCUCCCGUCGAAUGUCGAGUAAGUGAGACGAUAGGGACUCGCAAUACAUUCGACUCCACCUUUUUUAGGUGAAAAUGCAUUACAAUUAUACUUAACUAUAAAAUAUAUAUUAUUAUUAUAUUAUAUAUAUUUCGACCAAAUAUUUCCCUCAAUUUUACUCCAAUUUUGAAUUCACGAUAAAUUCUUUGCGAAAAAAGCAAAAGAAAGCAACAAAA